AUGGCAUCAAGGCCCGACAUUGACGAUGAAGACCUCACUUUCCACUGCUGCGCGCCGCUCCGGGCCUCGGAGCUGCUGAAGCCCGUCGAGGUCGGCGACAUCGGCGGCCCCGGCCACGCCGGCAAACCGACGUUCCUCGCCUGGCCCAUCUUCGGCCCCCUCCUCUUCCAGAACGAGACCAGCGACGCGCGGGACCACUGCGCGAACGAGAGGACCUUCCUCUCCUACCUCCGCCUCUCCGUCUACAUGUCCAUCGUCGCCGUCGCCAUCGUCCUAUCUUUCCACCUGAAAUCCGAGCCCAGCCCGCUCGAGCUGCGCAUGGCCAAGCCCCUGGGCAUCAUCUUCUGGGUCCUCUCCGUCGCCUGCCUGUGCCUCGGCAUCGGCAACUACACCAAAACCGUCAACAAGUAUAGUCGGAAAACCGCCAUCGUGCAGACGGGGUGGCGGACGCAGCUCGUCCUUGCCAUCGUGGCCCUCAGCAUCGUGGGGACCUGCGUCGUGUUGCUCGGAGCUCACCCGUCAGACGACGUAGCCUAUGCGGCGGACCACGUCUUGUGA